CAUAUUUUAAAUACACGUGAAUUUGUUUUCCCUACUUGAUUUUUUUUGCAGCGAAAGGCUAUCAGAUGAUUGGUUUGAAAAAAAUGUACCCAUUUCGGUUUUACCAGUUAGACUUUUUGCUAAUUGUAUCUAAGUGAAUUAUAAACGCAAAUUUGUACGCCUGUGUCUCAGAGUUUUCAAGGUAAAACCAAAAACGAAAGUAAAAACAACGAAAUGGACAGGGACGAUUUAGCCGUUUACAAGCAGAGUGUUGUGACGCGUGAAUGCAUAAUGUGGAAUGAUGCAUAACUAAUUCAAGGUGCUUUCAAAGUAAAAUGUAUCCCUAAAGAUUAUAUUGGAGUACACAACAUGGAAUACCUUUCAGACAUAGCAUCCUACUGCCAUCAACUAGUAGCAGAUAAAGCAUCAGACAGAAAGAAAAGUGUGGAGAAGUUGCUCCUGCUGCUGAAAAAGAACUCUGUGCUAGAGGCCUUAGACAAAACCUCCGACAGUAAGGCAAGCCGGAGGGACAGACAGAUUACAUGGGAUGACGUCUUACGGGGUGCUAUCGGCUACGUAAAUGUGGAGACUUCCGUGCUUCAAAAGGCCAAGGAAGCUCAAACAGCUACCACGCUCGCCAACAGGGAGAAAAGGAAACAAGAAAUCAGUGGCGUCUUCAAGUCUGUGAUCCGUUUUGCUGACAAACGAGGCCCACGACUUAAGUGUUCCAACGUCCUGAAACACCUGACCGAUGUUCUGAAGGAUGAGUAUAUGUGUAACGCCUAUGGACUGGACUAUAGUAACAUCUUACUGAAAAACAUACUGACUGUCCGUAAAUACUGGACAGAAAUCUCUCUGGAGAUGUGGCAUGAGCUGAUAGCGUUGUACUGUAUGAUGUUCACGGACACCGACUGUCGGGUGGACAAGACGUUGCUGUCACGACUGAUUCGAGUGUUGAUUUCUGGUGCUACAACCCAGUGUGACUUAAGACCUAAACGCAUUCUAAAAUUCUUCACAGACUAUUUCAAAAAUGUCAGACAGGAAAAGACAACAAGCGUUGUUGAGAAUCUGCUUUCCGCCUUAAAUACAUUUCUACGAAGUAUCGCAGAGGGGUCCCGCAUACAACUUUGUAAACUAGGGGAGACUACUCUAAUAAGCCUGCUGUACAUUUGGGAGAACAGACCAUCACCCACUCUCAAGAAUGAGGUGGUCGAGUUCCUGCACCUCCAAAUGGAGUGUCACCACCCAGGGGGAGCUAAACGCGGAACCCCCGAGGCAACAGCAGUUGACUGGGACCUCUGGAUGAGUCAUCUAAGAAAACUGUAUGAAGUUAUACAUGGAGACCUUAAACAGUUGGGUGGUCGUACAAAGUUUUCAGGACCGACGAGAGAUGUGUUGGUGUUCCGAACCAGAGAGGCAGAGUUGUCGUCGGCCUACAUCAACCUUGCUGCAGAUUUAUGUCACCAGCUAUUUGAGGCAGACAGCCGGGAGCUGGAGAUCACUCAGGUUGAGCAGUCAUCAGAGGAGGGACCGAGGAGUAAGAAACGACGUUUAGAAUCAGGGUGGUAUGCCAUUCGGGAUAACCUCACCUCGCUAGGUCAGAGCCAGCAACUGGUGCCUUGGCUACAGUUGACAAAGCGUGUGGUUGAGAAGUACCCAAACAGCUUCCCUGAGGACGAGUUUCCACUAUAUCUGCAAUGUCUUUCACAGUUACUUACCCAAUGUAAAAGAAAUGAUCUGAUGUGUCACAUCCUAGACUGUCUUCUGUGCCUCGUGCAGUACCGGACAGUGGUCACUCUCCCUCAGGCCAUCCAAGACACCAGCUUGACCAUCUGGAAAAAAGUUUGGGCCUCUACACUCAGAGCCUUGAGUCUACAGAACGCUGUAGAACCAAGUUACAGACUGCUGACAGAGAUGCUAAGACGUGAACUGGUGCCAUGUGAGAGGGACGUGUGGAAUCUGUUCCUGCCCUCAAUAUCACACCCGAUCGACGGUUCCGUGAAGUUUCUCAUAACCUAUAUGAUGACAAAGAGUCUCCCAGAACACUAUCAACCCAGUCUCCUCAGUUCCAUGGUGACAGAUGGCCAGCAGGCAUUUCCUCUGCGUUCACAACUUUUGGACUGGCUCCUGCCUCCGCGUCUUGUCAUGGAUGGAACCAUGGCAACCAAACCUAAAUCUGACCUUGACCCUGGUUUAGUAGGGCAAGCAUUAGCAUUACUUGUUCUGAAAAAUCCAUCAUGUCUGAUGAUUAUACCAGAAAAAAAGGAAAGUUUUAUUACCGAUCUUGAAAGAGUUUAUCUUGAAUCUUCACAUGACUUUCCACUGUAUGCCAGAAAGAUGAUGGCUAAAAACUUGUGUCUCCAAAACAAGGACAAUGUUUUACUGACAGUUCUCCUGAGAAGAAUCGAGGAUAACCUGAAAGAAAAUGCCAACUGUUUGCUGGAGUUCUCAGAGCCACAAGCUGCAGACUUACAAGAUCUUGCAAGGGAAGCAUGCAGAAUUGUCAGAUUUAUAUAUUGGUUGCUUAAAUAUGAACUUGUUUCAAAAGACAAUUUGGCAUCAAUGGAUGUUUUAAGUGUGUUAAAAUCAAUUUUGAGAAAAGUCGGAUCAUUUAUGAAUGAUAUACAGCAGAACCAAGGAGCAGUUGAGCUACUGGGUGUGUUGCCAUGGCUACAGGAAAUGCUGGAAUGGGAGGAGUCAGACAGUUCAGGGGUCGUAGCUGCCAGACUGGUUCGCUCUCUAAUCCCAGCCAAGGCUGUAGAGAUUCUCCUCGGCAUAGCACUAGUAACAAGUUCUAAGAGAAAUAAGCCUGAUGCUAAUACAAGUGGACAACAGGGCCAGACACGACCUGGAGCCUCGCGGAGGGGGAGGAUCCUAGAGGACUUUGAUGACAUGGACCUUGAGUUUGAUGACACGCCUGCCAAGGACACCACUGAUGACCUUGGAUUUGAUGAUGGCUUUGGAGACUCGCAGGAUUUGGAUGAGGCUGUCAAGCAGGGGGAUGGUUUUGAGAGUCUUCUGUCCCUUGCCGUGUUGACUGACACUCACAGAGUUAGAGUACAGGCUGUCAGGAUCCUUAGUCUGUGGUCAGGGUUUGAUACCAUGGAGAUGAGACAGGCCACACCCUUCCACCCAGACACAGACCAAGGUGUGGUCAAGUCCAAGUUAGGAGAACUGUUAGGGGAGGACAAGUUUGACCCCCACAAGGCUGUUGACCUACAGCUGAUGAGGGAGAUGAUCACCAUUUUGACCCAGCCCUGUCACCAGUUAGGGGACAUAGAUCUUGACAACAUGGUGGAUGCUAUCAGACAAGUUGCCAAGGUACAGCGGAGAGACCAGGAUGUGAGUUUUGUGUGUCUGGAGCUCCUCGGACAUGUUGCUAGGCGACUGGCCGAUGAAGAGGAAGAUGUCCUGCCAACCAAAACAAAGCUGGAGUGCCGGGAUACCACUAUAAGUCUGUUGUCAGCUUUCUGGAAGUUACAGGAUGACCAAUAUUGCUGUAAAGUAAGACUGGCAAUCGCAAAGUGUAUCAUGCAGCUUCUACAGGUCGAUCCGGAGAAGCGGUGGGUUCACCUGAAGGCCACACCCAGUGAUAAUGAGGAUACAGGUAACACACCUGUAGACGUGGAGUUCAUGCAGUACCUAUCUGACCCCGCCCACUCUGUGAGGAUGUACGCCGCCCAGGGUAUCAUACAGAUGUUUAUGGUGGGACAGGAGCGAAUGGUUCCAUGUGACAGGGUGCAGCAGGACAAGGCGUUCGAUAAAAUCUACGAGAUUGUCAAUGAAAGUUUGGACAUUCAGGGCCGGUUGACCCCCGAGCGGGCCCACGAUGAGCGGGAGAACAGGACGGGGAGUGUACUAACAGCCCUCGGGAACAUCAUGUGUAUCAGUCCUGUGUGUGAAAAGAAGGCAUUGUUUGCUUUGUGUCAACUCAUCAAGGAAAACGAUGUGGAGAUCACACAGAUUCAGAAUAUAAUCCAGAAGGUGUCGAAGAUCCUCCAGUUUAAAGACGGUCAUGCUUUCAUGGCCGAUCACCUACCAUACCUCCUCCACCAGUGGUUGGGACUCGGCUACCCUGUCACAGAAUUCCCACACCAGAUGGCAUUCUGUAACACCAAACAACAAUUCUACAAGGACCAUUACAAGGUUAUCAUACCAGAACUGAUUAUGAAAAAAAACAUGGCCGAUGCCAAAGAGAUGGUGGUUGCUAUGGGGAGUAAGUGGAUGGAGACAUUGACGGCGUGUAUUCCUAACGUGGUGGUCCACAUCUUGCCAUUGUUUGCUGCGACCCGUCUUGGCGAGAUGUCGGCGGAUGAGACUGUGCGUCGGAGGACAGCCCAUGCUACACUUUGUUAUGACCUACUGUCAAAGGAGGCAACAAGAGAGGUGUUAGAGAUGACUAUUGUAAGCAACCUUGAUCAGAUUGUCGUCAACAUCCUCAUGUGUUUAUAUGACACGGAUACUGAUGAUUUCAUACAGACUGGCAUUAUAAGGGACAUGGAGCCCGAGCCUAACCCACCCUGUUUCAACACCUACAUGAUUAAAUCUACCCUGGACUACCUCACACAGAGCUUCUCCAGCAACAACAAGUCAUUGGUCGACGUCCUGUCCCGCAAAUAUGACCAGAUACAGAAGAUACUGUUAGAACUGGCUAUGAAGCUGACCAAGGAACACAGACUUCACGACAAACGUCGCAUCCUAAUGAUGUAUCGCCUCUUCUGUAAACUCCUUUUUAAAGAGUUUGACAGCCAAUUGGGAGGAAGCUGGGCUUUUAUUAUGAGAGAGGUCAUGUACCGACUAAUCUAUAUCCUCAAGGACAUGGUGUCUGUCAACAGUCAGGUGACUGAGGAAGCAGCCUACCGGGAGAACAUUGCUUGUAUGGCCCUGGAGCUGCUGAGGGACAUGUGUACAACCUGUAUGGAGAUGGUCUCAGGUAAGAGUCACUACAGGGAGAACAUUGCCUGUAUGGCCCUGGAGCUGCUGAGGGACAUGUGUACAACCUGUAUGGAGAUCUGCUCUCAGGAAUUUGAGAAGUACCUGACGUUUUUUGUGAGCAGCCUGGUUCCUGUUGCUGGGAGCUCUGGGGUUGUUGGAGAAGAGGCUGCUGGCUUACUUCGUCUGGUGAUCUUGGACAAUUAUGCCAUACUGAAGCAGGGGAUUGUGUCCCUGGACCCCUUCCCCAACACAGAGGUGUUCUCCCAACUACUCCAUACCUACAACAGACUCAAGUUCGCCGGGGGCACCUUCUCACUCAAACAGGAGAUAGAACAUUUCCUGUCAGUAUGUGAGAUGACCGGUGGUCAGUCAGACAGCAGGAUCGAGGGACUCCGACACCUGUCACAGAAGUUACACUCCCAACAACAAGAGAUCCUAGAGCUGGCCAGGCAGGAACAAGAUAAAGCAACAGAUAACCUUCUGUGUAAAAUUGUGUGUAAACUGGUCCAUAUGGCCUUGACCUCUGGAGACAAGGUCAAGGACAAGGUGUCACAGUGUCUAGGAGAGAUUGGCCCCGUUUACAUGGCAACUGUUGCACUGCCAGACGUGACAGAACUAGUGUGUUUACGGGAGGCUAAGGAGGUGUUUAGUGAGGAUACAUACCUACAGAACUAUUGUGUGAUAUUCCACACUCUCAACACAUACCUGGUGGACCAAGAUGUAGACAUUGUAGAGGCCGCCUCACGUGUGCUCAAGUCCAUGUUAUGUACACAGACAGGAGUCGACUUCACCACAAUCUAUAAGGAAAAAGUGGGGGAUAGGGACCACCUCAUAGAAUAUCUACAUCCAUUCCGAGUCAAGAAAAAGGUGACAUCAGGUUCAAGGACCAAACACUCCGCUAAUACAGACCAGUUCUGUGGACUUGUUGACAGGGAGGCACUCUGGCUGUCCACAUCCAGUAACCAUGGCAACUGGGUGCGGAGACUGACCGUUACACUUAUACAGAGUGGUGCGGUCAAGGAUGAGAUUCUGGCCCUACUAGAACCAAUCUGUGAUAGGAAGACAAAUUUCUGCGAGAUUGUGCUCCCACGGCUGAUACACGAUAUUCUGGUACAAGGAGAAGACAUCCACAAAGAGGUUCUGUCCCGACAGGUAGCCGCCUUCUUCUCCACCCACUGUGGUCACAGUACCCAGGAGGGUCGCAGCAUCACACCUGUGGACAAGACAGAUUCCACAACUGUAUGCUUCAACAAAGACUCCAUCAGGACCAUGUUAAAGGUGGUACAACAUCUCCGACAGCAGGAGAGGCCCAAGGAGGGGAGAAGACAAAUGACAGCCUGGGAUAACAACUUCUGGCUGGAUUUGAACUACCUACACAUGGCCAAGGCAGCCCUCUACUGCUCUGCCCACUUCACCACAGUUCUGUACUCUGAGAUCUGGUGUGAUUCUCACAGACAGCAGAAAGAGGAGAGCAGAAGUUUGUCUGCAGGCAGUCAUAGCUCCAGUCAGAGUCUUUCCCAGGACUUUACCCAGGACACACGGAUAGACUCAGCUAGCUCUGCCUCUACGGAGGUCGGCAUCAACGUACAGGACCUGCUGCUGGAGGCCUUUCAACAGAUUGGGGAUCCUGAUGGUCUGUACGGCUGUGGAGCAGGGAGACUGGCAGACACCUCGUCAAGAGUGAAGACAUACGAACAUGAGAACCUAUGGGACAAGGCUUUAGUAACUUACGACAUCGACACGACCAGUCGUACAACUGACUCGAGUCUCGGGCUACUGCAGGCUCUACAAAACUUUGGUGCCCUGGAGGUGUUAAAUAACUACUUCCAUGGUAUGUCACAAGGAGCAGACGUCGCCCCUAACAUACAGGAGCUACAGUACCAGGCGGCCUGGAAGGCUGGGCAGUGGACACUGGAUCCCACACUCAGGUCUAACCAGACAGGGUACCACCAGGCUGUGUACUCUGCCCUAAGUGCUGUCAAAGACGACCACCUCUCCCUGGCCUCUACUGCUGUCCAAACAGCCAGGAUGUGUGUGAUAGAGAGGCUGGGACAGGGAAGUAUGGAGAGUGCCCGCUGUCUAUAUCCAAUGUUAACAGACCUCAACUGUGUCGCACAGAUACAGUCUGCCAUCAACUGUAAUCUCAGGAACGAUGCCGAUUUGGGCAGUCUGCUGGAGCGAUGGUCUAGUGAAGAUGAGAGCUUCCUAAGUAGCAAUGACUUUGAGUUUCUAGAACCAGUUUACAAUAUCCGCAUCGCACUGCUCCAACUGGUCCUGAACAGGGGGAAUAACUCUGCAGUGUCUAACUGUCUACAGAGACAGCUAUUACAGUUGGCUAGGCUCAGCAGUGGGGAAGGCAGGCAUCAGGUAGCAGAGAGAGCCAUUGGUCAGCUGAAGUCCUUAGAAACAUCUGUCCUUGACCUCCACAUCACCAAGAUGGUGGAGGAGGCCAACAUGUUCUGGGCCCGUCAGGAACAGAACAUCGCCAAACACCUCAUGAAAGACAUCAUUUCACAACUCCGUAAGGUCCGCAGGGACAGCAAGGAUGCUGCCAAGUACUAUGCGAAAGUGCUUUGUAUAUACGGUAACUGGCUGGCAGAAACAAGAUCGGAGAACGCAAACGUCAUCAUGGAAGAAUACCUGGAAAAGGCCGUUGCUAUGUUGGAUGAGGCUGGCAUCAAGGACGACGUAGCGUUGGACUCGUACCUUGCGCUAGCCCGCUACGCAGACAGCCAGUAUCAACAUAUUGUCAAUUACAUGAAGUCCAGCACAUUUGAAGCCAAACAGAAUCUCUUCAAGAAGGCUCAACAAGAAAUAGAGUCUUUAAAACAAGUUGGAGAUAAUUCAAAAGAGAAAUAUUUCAUCAUCCUGAACAAACAGAGUCAGAUUGACCGACAGGAGAUCAAUGCUCUGGAGGACGACAAGAGCCACUUCCUCGUCACUGCCGUGGAGAACUAUAUACGCUGUCUCAAGUCUGGCGAUCGGCACGACCUCCGUGUGUUCAGACUCACCUCACUCUGGUUCAGUAACAAUGGCAACCAGGAAAUCAACGAACUUAUAAAGGACGGUAUUGAGGACCUAAGUACAUACAAGUUACUGCCCCUGAUGUACCAGCUCGCCACCAGGAUGGAUACUCGGCCCCACAAGGAUCAAUGUCCACUGUUCCAGAUCACCCUUAAUAAGGUAAUAGAGAGGACGGCUGUGGACCAUCCCCACCACACUCUCUUCUGUGUACUGGCUUUAGCCCACGCCAAAAAAGAUGCCGACAUCUUCAAGGACCCUAACAAAAAGGGCAAGUUGUCAAGGACGAAGUCUGACCUGGCCAGGGAGGAAGAGGGGAGAAUUGAAGCAGCCAAGAACUUGGUGGAGAGGUUGAAGUCACACAAGGGGAGUAACUCUGUGGGCAAUAUCGUCAGAGACCUGGAGAAGCUCUGUCUGGCUUACAUAGAGCUGGCUAACUACCCAGUCAACAAGUACAAGACUGAAACAAAGCCGAUCCCAUUCCCUGAAAUACUGAAGCUACCAGCAGUGAAAGAUUUGCGUAAUAUUGUUGUUCCGACCAUGGAAAUUCCUGUGGACCGCAGUGGAAGUUACAACAAUAUCACAUACAUACAUAAGUUCCAGCCAACAUUCAAGUUGGCUGGAGGCAUCAACCUACCAAAGAUUAUAUCCUGUAUUGGGUCAGAUGGCAAGAGCUAUCGUCAGCUGGUGAAGGGUCGUGAUGACCUUCGUCAGGACGCUGUGAUGCAGCAAGUAUUCAACAUGGUCAACAACCUACUGAGAAAGAAAUCGGAGACAAGGAAGCGAGACCUUCAGAUUCGCCAGUACAAGGUUAUCCCACUGUCGCAGCGCAGCGGCCUGCUAGAGUGGUGUGAAGGCACACUUCCUAUAGGGGAGUACCUAAUCGGAGGCAAGGGCGAGACAGAAGGUGCCCACAGGCGAUACCGUCCGCACGAUACGUUGGCCAUGGAUAGUAGACGGCAGCUAGCUGGGGUACAUACAAAAGAACCGGAGGUGAAAUACAAGACGUUCCUAGAGGUGUGUAGUAAAUUCCGGCCUGUGUUUCGUCACUUCUUCAUGGAAAGGUUUCCAGAGCCUGCUCACUGGUACGAGCGAAGGCUUGCCUACACUAAGAGUGUGGCCACCAAUUCCAUAGUGGGCUACAUACUGGGCCUGGGGGACAGACAUGUCCAGAACAUCCUGGUGGACUGUAAAACAGCCGAGCUUGUCCACAUAGACUUAGGUGUGGCAUUUGAGCAAGGCCGAAUUCUGCCCACGCCAGAGACUGUACCAUUCCGUCUGACUCGAGACAUGGUGGAUGGUAUGGGUGUAUCGGGAGUGGAAGGUGUAUUCCGCAGAUGUUGUGAGAAGACGAUGGAAGUGAUGCACGACCACCAGGAGGCGCUACUGACUAUCUUAGAGGUUCUACUGUACGACCCCAUCAACACCUGGUCCAUGUCACCCGCCAAGGCGUAUGCAUUGCAGCAUCGCCGUGACCGCACCGAUGACGCCUCCGAACUCAACGUCACCAACACCGCUCGAGACAUGCUGGAGAUGGCUGGAGAGGAAAAUACAGAAAAUGUCAAUAAAUUGGCAGAGCGUGUGUUGCUACGGUUACAGCAGAAGUUACAGGGGAUUGAGGAUGGGAUACAGCUGAGUGUGGCUGGCCAGGUCAACCACCUCAUACAGGAGGCGCGUGACCCCAAAAAUCUCUGCAGACUCUUCCCAGGAUGGCAGCCAUACUUGUGAGGGAUCAUAGGUCACAUUGUUGAAUUGGUGAUGCGAAAGAGAAAAGAAAGUUGCUUGAUACAUGAAAAUUGUGUGAGUUUGCAACUAUAAUUCUGUCAUGGAAGGUGGCAGCCAUAUUUGUAAAAGGAUAUAUAUUGAUGACAUUGAUUAAAAGCCACAAGGAUUUGCAUUUCAUUUAUAGAAGUGAUAUACUUUAAAACAGUGCAAAGUGUUAGUAAUCUAUGUACAUGUACCAGUACUUGUAGAGACCAAUCAAUUCCACAUUCGUUGUUGCCAUGGUGAUAACUUGGAUAGGUGGAAUAAAAAAAUACAUAAUAGCCAUUUUGUGAGGAACCACCAUUAAUGUUCAUUCUCAUUAACAUUUGAGGAAAAUUUACCUUGUUGGAACAAGACUUACGUGGCAUUAGUUGUGCUUCUUUAUGCAUGGUAAAACCAUUAAACCCAUUUCAAGGCUUACCAUACCUUAGGCCAAACAUACUUCUUAUGCUACAGUUUGAAAACAGGAAACUUUUCUUUAAGAACAUUUGUUAGAAAUGGGUUUUUUUAAUUGAGAGUUUCAAGAUUUCAUGGGCUUAAGUAGCAAUAAGUAACAAUAUUACACUGAAUAAAAUGAAAUUUUAUAGUGUAUGUUGGUAUUCAACAUUUUUUGUGGCAAUUUAUCUAUUUCAACACCCUCCAAAAAUGAAAAUCAUUCAUCGAAUCAGUAUUACGUAAAACAUAUUGAAAAGUCUUAAUAUGAUUCUGUUAUUCUGGAAAAAUGACAUGCUAUGAAUGAUGAACAAAACAUGUUUAAGUUAGUAAAAUGAGAAAUAUGCAUAAUGAGGCUAGGUGUGUUAGACAGAGUUGUUAGUGACAGGGUAGAGGGAUGAGAAUGAUUAUUAUUGGCCAUGCCGGCCAGUGCUGAGUAGUGUAAAGUUAUGUGGGACUGACAUUAUUAAAUUUGUUAAAGACAGAGAUUUUUUUCUUUUGCAAGAAAUCUUAAACUAAUAUUUAGAGACAAAAACAGGUAAAAUAUAUUUUGUAUGAAAUGUAAGGUGUUUACAAAAUAAAAACAUUGCAUUACAUUUCUUUGCAAAUUAGUAUAAAAAACCAUUCAAGCAUCUUAACAUUGAAUAGUUUAUUAAAAAUGUAAUUACAAUGUACAUGAAGGAACAUUUAAUUGUUGAGUGAUCUGCUUCUGAAGUACUUAACUUACACUGAAAUUACCGACAUCGAGGUGGACUAAAUGUUUUGGUCAUACAAGACAAAGAGCUUGUUAAAAUCAUGGAUAAAAAAGUAAAUCCAGUCUUUACAGGCCAUAAAAUCAUGUAAGAUACCACAGAACGUGGUUCUUAUGUGUCCGCUUAGUCAGUUUGCAUUGUGCUUCCUACCUUGAAUAAUCUCAACACGAAUUCUGUGUUCUAUUGUUUACUGUAACAUUGCAUCAUGUUAUUUGUUUUGUUGUUUUGUUUCUUUGGCCAAUAAAGGAGCAUAUUUGUUGCAUGAAAAAGCACAAA